AUUGAUAUUGCCUUAGGCAACGAAGAUGAGCACAGACGCGAUGGUAGCAACUCAGGCGACGAGCGAUCCAGAUCCACUUGGGCGCAGGUGGUAUCAGGGGAACAGCACAGUGAUGAGAUUAACAGUGGCCGUAUGCAAGGAUUUCCAGCACCGGUGCAUAUGCAUCACUGGGAUAGUUACAAGAAGCCUGCUGUUGAGCAAGACUACUCUGACGAGGUUGAAUGUGGUGCUGACAUGAAUCCAUCAGGAGAAGAGCUUGCCAACAUAUCAAAAGCUUGUAACAAACUCUGGGAACUAGAUUUAAAUCGUUUAGUUCCUGGAAAAGAUUACCAGAUUGAUGUAGGGGAUGGAAAAAAGGUCCACCAAAGAGAGGACAUGGCGGAUGGGUGUUUGUUUUCCUGGAUGAGGAAAGAUGUUAUGGAGAAGCCCACUUAUUCUCGGUUUUGUUGUCUCUUGGAUAAUUACAAUCCACGUGAGGGAUAUAAAGAAGUUGUAACAACUAAAGAACACCAAGAGCAGUUGGCAUUCAUUGAGGAGAUCAGUAGAACAGCACCUAUAAAAUAUUUGCAUAACUAUCUGUCAGCAAAGAGUGUGGUUUCUGAAAGUCAUCAGGAGUUCAAGAGAAUGUUGAAGAGUCUCUGGUUUGACCUUUAUGCCCGAGGCGGUACAUCUGGCUCUUCUUCCGCUUUCGAACAUGUUUUUGUUGGAGAAAUAAAGGAGCGUGGAGAGGGAGAAGUUUCAGGUUUCCAUAAUUGGCUUCAGUUUUAUCUGGAAGAAUUGAAGGGCAACGUAGAUUAUCAAGGAUACAUCUUUCCUCGAAGGCGGGGAGAAAUCCCUGAUGCAGAGACUCAGUUACUCACAAUCCAGUUUGAAUGGAACGGCG